GUUAAAGCUCUCCAGCUCUCUGCCCUUGACAGACCCACGUGAGUCAGUCUAGCCUCUCAUAACUACAUGCUGAGCCGGUUGCUGAACUGACUAGCUAAACUAGAGAUACUCUGACUUAAAAACUACUUGUUCUAUCUUCUUAUUUCAGACUAAAAGACCCGGCUAGACUAGGCUAGGAUGUCUCGUAACAGUAGGUCUCUGUUGUUUUUACUGCAGCGGUGUGUCGCAGUUAGAAAGGUUUCAACGUUACAGACAGGUUGCAAAACAACAUGCAGCAGCAGCAGGAGCAGCAGUAGUAGUGUGUUUUCAGGCCAGUGUGGGUUCAUUCAGCAGCCGACAUGGACAUCAACAAGCCGGGCAGUCUGUCAGCUGCAGUCCGCAGUGAGAACCAGCCAGUACCGCUUCUGUACCAAGGCAGGAGAAUCUUGUGAGGAUGAAUAUUACCCACCGCUAUCGGCCUAUCAGCCUGAUCCAGAACCAGAGAGGAAGGAGGUGUACAUCAUGCAGGUGAAAGGCCUCCUCUGGUCCUGCACGGCUCAGGACCUCCUGCAGUUCUUCUCAGAGUGUAGGAUCCAUGAGAAGGGGAUCCAUUUCACUGUGGAUGGACUGGGGAGGCAGACGGGACAAGCCUUCAUCGAGAUUGAGCACGAACAGGACGUCAGCAAAGCUCUGGAGAAGCACCGACAGUACCUCGGCCCACGAUAUGUCGAAGUGUAUGAAGUCUCGAACAGCGACGCUGAAGCCAUCCUGAAGAAAGCCGUCCAUGCUCCAGCAGAAAACGGGGUUGUGCGUAUCAGAGGCCUCCCCUUCUCCUCCACCGAGGCCGACAUCGUCCAGUUCUUUUCAGAUUUGGAUAUAGUGGAGAAUGGGAUCACCAUAGUCACCGACCGCAAAGGAAGAAACUCUGGAGAGGCCUUUGUGCAAUUUUCCUCUCAAGAUGCAGCUGUUAAAGCUCUGCAGAGAGACAGAGAUGUCAUCGGUAACAGAUACAUCGAGGUGUUUCCCAGCAGAAGUGACCAGAUUUAUUCGAGUUGGGGCAAGAAGGCGAGUUUAGCUUCUUCUCACACCGUCCCUCAGUUUGCAAACAGGACCGCCUCUGCCUCACACACCAAAACUGGUGCUCCAUCAGGAUCCCCUCAGAGCUCGGCCCUCCCGCUUCACUACGUCCACGUGAGAGGACUUCCUUUCCAUGUGUCCGGAGAAGACAUUGUUAAGUUCUUCUCUCCUCUAGUUGUGUCUAAGAUCCUGCUUGAAUGCAGUCCUGAAGGGAGGCUGAGCGGAGAGGCCGACGUUUUCUUCAGCUGUCACCAGGACGCCUUGACCGCCAUGUCCAGAGACAGACACCACAUAGGUGAAAGAUACAUCGAGUUAUUCCUGAACUCUGAAGCAGACUCUGAUGGAAGAUGGUGAAUGUCGACACGGAUGCCAAACAUACACAGACACAGACAGGACUGUUGUAUUUAUUUUCCAGCAUGACUCAGACAACAAACAAUAAACAUUCCUGCUGUCAAAGGAAAAACUU